AUGGAAGAGGCUGCAGCGAGGCGGGAGCGGUUGAAGGCCCUCAAGGCGGCGGCAGCGCUCGCGGGCGAUGGUGCAGCGGGCGAUGCUGGGCCGGCGGGGGAGGAGCAUGAGCAGCAGGAGCCAGAGAAGCCAGUUUUGAAAUUCAGAAACUAUGUGGUGAAGGACAGCAAGCACAUAGAGCACGAACAGGUAGCACCAGCCCAAGUGCCAAAGGCUGAGGAGCCUGUGGUGGAGCAGCGGCCAGAAGACGCGGGCGAGGAGGAGCUGCUGGCCAGCGUGGCACCCAAGAAGGCGAAUUGGGACCUGAAGCGCGAGGUGCAGCCCAAGCUGGACAAGCUGGAGCGGCGGACGCUGCGCGCGCUGGUGGAGAUCAUGCAGCAGGAGGAGCGGCGACGGAUUGAAGAGGAGGGCGGCGUUGCAGACUGA